UUUUAACAAUUCUUUUGAUAGGUAAUGCCAAUUUUCCCUCAUAUUGUAAAUCUUCCUUUGGAGAAGUUCCAAGCAGCACUUGGUCGCAUAUUGCAGGGAUCAUCACAAUCUAGUCCGGUGCUUACUCCUGCUGAAAUUUUAAUUGCAAUUCAUGGAAUUGAUCCUGAAAGGGACGGAAUUCCCUUGAAAAAGGUCACAGACGCUUGCAAUGCUUGCUUUGAGCUGCCGCAAACUUUUACUCAAGAAGUUAUUGCCAGAGUUUUGAAUCAGUUGGUGUGUUAUGUGGAAUUUUUAUUGUGUGCCUUAAUUGAGGAAUCCAACUUGUAGUUGAUUGUUUACAGCUUACAAAUAUAGCUCUAGUUUUGAAGCCCCACAUAUAUAUUCAUCGAAACUGCCAUUUGUCUUUUCUCUAUUGCCCUGUUAAUAUUCUACCUUCAAUUUAGAUAAUUAUUUUCCGACUGAAAAGAUUCUAA